ACACGAUGACAGGGGGAGCUUCACAAGCGCCCAGUGACUCUGCCGCCCAGGCCAAAGCUUCAGGGAAGAAGAAGAAAGGAGGACCCGUUGUGAGCGAACUGGUGUACAGAACCGUGGCCGCCUCCCAGGACCGCAAAGGUCUUUCCUACUACGCCAUAAAGCAGGCGCUGAGCUUCCAGGGCUACGAUGUGGAUCAGCACGGCUUCCUCAUCAAACGCGCCAUUAAUAUGCUGAGGUCAGCAGCACACAGACAGAGCACAGUCUGCAGGAUCCAGCUUUCUGUCUAUAAAAAGUGAUCACUCCAGACAUUAUCCC